AUGUUGAGUUAUAGGCAGAACAAAAGCUUACUGUUGCUAUCCGCUACUCAAGCCACUAAAAGAAACCGGAAAAUUCACUACAUCGGAUGUUUCAUACGUGAACCUAGAAUUUUAACCACAAAUAGACCAAAAUCAUUCGGAAGUAUAUCAUAUGAAUCUGCUAGAUCAUAUCACAGUGAGGUUAGGGAAGGCCCCGAACUUCAUAGGAAUCUAGAGACAAAUAGACAUCAACAUGAUCUACAUCGACCUCUAGUAGACGCCAACGAUAAAGAUAAUGCUAUUAUAACCCAUGUGCAGAGAGCCAUUCUAGAAUGCUUACGGGAUAAAAGUGCCAAAAACCGAAUAUCUGCACUUUCGUCACUCCAUUCAUUUUCUAGCCUGUCCACAAGUAUAAACGAUGUUCUUCUAGAGAAUGACGUGUUAUCUUCCCUCUUGGAGAUCUUGGAAAGGCCUUAUCAGAAAAGCAUAUGGACCCUGAUGAACAGCUACGUUUGGCCAAAAAAUCCGAUAAAAGCAGAGGAGAACCUAAUAGUUCAAGAGAAAGUAUUGGGACUAUUGAUAUCCAUGGCUUUAAACUCUAAAAAUGCCAAAGAGACCAUGAAAAAUGACAUAGUUUUGAAGAGGACACUUUUGAAGAUUUACUUUUACUACUCACCUGAAGCCAUAGAUAAAGGAAACGAAAAAUGUACUUCUGGAAACUUUGAAUCAACUAUUGAUAAAAAUUCUCGUGUACUUACAAAUUCGAAUGGUGGAAAUGAUUCUGAAAGGAUACGAGCAUUUAUCAAAGAGUUAUUUAUAACUUUAGGAUACCAGGUUAACGAAGAUAUAUCACUUUUGCCAUCGAAUUUAAUUGAUGAUAAUAAUGAGACGAAAGAUUGGACCUGGGAUAAGAUUAUUCCCUUUUCUUCCACUGAUGGCGACUCAAAAAUUCAUAUCGAAGAUCUACUUAUACCAAUCACUUCUAACUUGAAACAAAAACAGUCAAAAAGCACAGAUAAUUAUUCCUCUCAUACAAUAUCAUGGGUUCCUUAUUACUGCAAAAAUGUUUCUAGCGGUAUAACUACAUCCAUAAAACGGUAUAUUAGGAUAAAUCUUGGUUGUAUUGAUGAGCAAUUAUCUAAUUUUAAGAACAUAAACGCCAUAACAAUUUCCUCAACGUCUGGGUAUGAUACUAAUGAAGAUGUUCUUGGUGUAUUGGCUUUGCAUCGAAUAGAAUCAAAUGUUAUCAGAUAUUCACUGAUUUCUAACAUAAGGUUGAAACCCUCUGAAGAUUUGAAUAGAAACCUUAUAAUUUUGGACUUACUUUCUUCUAUAGGUAGUUUCAGAGAUUUUAAGAUUUUAAAUGAUAUAUUUACCGAGUUGUGGGUACUUCUGGGCUCAGAAUCUACCGAUAUAACUGAUAUUAUUAGUACCAACCUAAACCUGAAUGCUAUUACUGAUAUAAUAAAUGCAACGGCCUUGGUUAGCGCCCUCCCUGUAUCUGAAGAAAAUACUGCAUUUGGCAUAAGGGAAAUUAGAAAAUAUUCUGAUAUUUGGAAGUAUUUGCCAUGGAGAGUUGGUCUGCUGGAAAUUUUUAAGUCAUAUCUAAAAUCAUUUGUAAAUCCAACCGAAAGUGGAAGCUUUGCCGGAGUUUUUGAUCUCCUCGGCAAAAUAGGCCGAAAACUUUCAGCUGCUGAUAACGUGCUCCAUGUUUCUGAUGAAGUAUUAGUGAAUUCUGCGGAUAUACGUCCUGAUUACUCUUCUCCAAAAAAUACCAUGGAACAGGCCAAAAAGUUACAAACAACACUGUUCGGUUUUUUGGUAGAGUUGAUAUAUUUAGGAGGAGACAAGAACUUUUUAAGGCUUAGAGAUGAUGAAAGGUUGAUAGCUGCAAUCAAGUCUGUAAAAUCACAACAUCCAAAGUGUUUUAAAUUGCAAGAAAUCUUUGCAGAUAAGCUCUCGGAAUUCGAACCAAUAAUAGAUAAACGUAAAAGUUAUAGAGUAUUUAAAACAAACGUCAUUGGUGAAUUUUCUUCGAACUCCAAAAAUAAUUAUAACAUUGAGGAUUCCUAUUAUGGAAAAGAACCUGAUUUAAACGAGUUAGGUGACUUUAGAUUGACUUCCUGGAAGAGAUACGGUUUCUGCAAUAAGCAAAAUGUUGGCCCUAUUUACAACUCAAAUAAAUUGUUGAAUCUUUUGGGCCAUCAUGAUACGAACAAAUUUAAAAAGAGAGGAAUAAGGAUUCUAAGUAUAGAUGGAGGUGGUUCUAAGGGUGUGGUAGCGCUAGAGAUAUUGAGCAAAAUUUUUCUGGAAAUAGGAAAACCUAUUCAUGAAAUCUUUGAUUUGGUAUGUGGAACAUCAACUGGUGGUAUUGUGGCUGCGUUAAUAGCACUAGAACAGGUAGAAAUUUCAAAUAUACAAAAGUUAUAUGACUUAUUGAUAUCACGAAUAUUUGUCAAAGACUCUUAUCAUGUAUCCGGUGCACGUCUUUUAAUGCGUCAUGCACUAUAUGAUGAAUGUGCUUUUGUAAAUCUUUUGAAAACGUUAUUAGGAGAUCUAGAACUUAUAGAUUAUUCUGUAGAUGAUAGCUGCCCAAAGUUUUUUUGUCUAUCGACUCAACUUGAUACUUCUCCAUUGAAGCCUGUAAUAUGGAGAAAUUAUAACUAUCAUCCUGAAUCAUAUACAUCUGAUUACACAAGAAUGCUCGCAAAAGAAGGUUCUUGUGUCAUAAAAUUGGCCGAUGCGCUCAGAGCUACGACUGCUGCCCCCGGUUAUUUUCCUGCAUUUGAAAGGAAUGGGCAUAUAUAUGGUGACGGUGCUUUACACUCUAAUAAUCCCAGCCUUAUUGCAUAUAUGGAGGCUAAGAUGAUUUACCCAAAUACUCCAAUAGACUGUCUGGUCAGCGUUGGUAAUGGAAAUGUCACUGAUUUUACAAUUAAUAAGAAUGAAGAUAAUAUUUCUAGCCUUAUAGAUAAAGAGGUGCCUUCUGAUCUACCACAAUCGCAGAUACAAACUUUAAAGGAGGUAUUUGGAACAUUUAUGGACCACGGAAUCGUGAGAAAUUGUGGGUUAAAGGAUGUGGCAUCUGGUGCACCAAAACAACUUGGAAUAGAACAGAUUAUAUCGCAAGUUAUAAGUGCUGCAACAAACACUGAAAUCGUUCACUCAGCUUUAGAUAAUUUAAUGGAACCAAACAAAUAUUUCAGAUUUAAUCCGAUAAUACCGAGUGUACGAAUUGAUGAAACUAGUCAAAAGGUUUUGGACUACCUCAAGGCUCUUGCUAGAAACUAUUUAAGGGAAAAAAAAACAAAUGAAAGAAUGGAGAUUCUUAAGCAGAUAUUAAUGUUAUAA